AUGCUCCGCCGGACCCUCGGUCGAAUACCGCAUGUCUGCGUUGUAGGUGCUGGCGUCGCCGGUCUCCGAUGUGCAGAUAUUCUCCUCCAACAUGGCGUCAAAGUGACGAUUCUCGAGGGUCGCGACCGUGUGGGCGGAAGGCUUUGUCAAAGUAAGGUUGGGGGCCACCUAGUUGAUCUGGGCCCGAACUGGAUUCAUGGCACAGAAUCCAAUCCAAUCCUGGAUCUCGCCAAAGAAACAAAUACAAUGACCAUGAAUUGGGACGGCCGGCAGUCCGUCUUCGACCAUUUGGGAAACCAGGUGCCAGUGAAAGAAGCGGCCGACGAUGCGGCGCUUGUUUGGACGAUCAUCGGGCAAGCGAUGCAGCACUCAAAUGAGCACUCGGCGACUAUUUCCGCAGAUAAAAGCUUGUUUAAUUUCUUCGAGGAGAAGGUUCAGCAGAUGUUCCCCUCUCUUUUCCCGGGCGUAGAAACUGAAGAGACGGCUAAAAGGAAAAGGGAGGCUGUUCUUCGCAUGGCAGAAAUGUGGGGUGCCUUCGUAGGAAGCCCAAUACAGAUUCAGAGUCUGAAGUUCUUCUGGUUAGAAGAGUGUAUUGAUGGAGAGAAUCUGUUCGUGGCCGAAACGUAUCACAAGGUCCUUGCCAAAAUUGCGGAACCCGCGCUUAGAGGUGCAGAUAUCAAGUUCGGGAGGAAAGUCUCGCAGGUCGUGUCAUCCGAACAGCAGGGGGAACACCCAAGCGUGACGGUGAAGAUUGAUGGAGGUGAAAAUCUGGCAUUUGAUGAAGUGGUGAUGACGGUGCCGCUGGGCUGGCUGAAGAAGCAGCAAGGCGCUUUUGAGCCUGAGAUGCCUAGUAGGCUGAAGCAAGCUAUUGAUGCUAUUGGUUAUGGACAUCUGGAUAAGGUCUACAUUACUUUCCCAACAGCAUUCUGGAACGCACCUCCCUCAACCACCACAACUCCAAUUCCCACCCAAUCCACUCCCAAUGUAGCAGCAACAGCAGCGCCCACCCACCAAUCCUCCCCACUCUCUAUAGACCCACUCCACUACCCCGGAUUCACGCACUGGACUUCCCCACACUACGCACCUGACACCAACCCUUCUCGCUGGAACCAAGAAUGUGUGAACCUCGCCGCCCUCCCCUCAGCAACCGCACACCCAACCCUCCUCUUCUACACCUUCGGCCCAACAAGUCUCCACAUCGCCUCCCUCCUCUCUAAAUACCCCUCACCCACACAUCCCUCCGCCACCGAUGCACUCGCCACAUUCUUCACACCCUACAUCUCCCGCCUCCCUAACUAUUCCAACAACUCGCCCUCCUGUAAACCCUCCGCUAUCCUGGCAACAGCCUGGGCCAAUGACGAACUCGCAGGAUAUGGCAGUUACUCGAAUUUCCAAACUGGCCUGGAGAAAGGGGAUGAGGAUGUCGAGGUUAUGAGGAAAGGGAUGCCGGACAGAGGGGUUUGGUUGGCUGGAGAGCAUACCGCGCCUUUCGUUGCACUGGGGACGGUGACGGGGGCCUGGUGGUCCGGAGAAGGAGUUGCGAGGAGGAUUGUGGGUGCGUAUGGACUGGGGAAGAAUAUUGAAGGGGAGGGGAAUGGGAUGGCGAAGUUAGAUGGGUGA